UACAGACACACACACAAACACAGAGGCAUGAUAUGGUCCAGGGUAUUCAGCUGUGCAGAUUUCUCUUAGAGAGGUCGAGGAGUAUUUGUCAAGACAUGGACUUUAGUCAAAAGAGGAAUUGAAAACCGCUUCACUGCUUGGACUGGACGCUCAAUCACUCACAGCUGACCUUGGUCAAAUAAAGGGGAAAGUUGAAUUUUUAUGACGCAUCCAGUUCAAUGAUGGCAUUGCCAAAUGACAUCACCCUUUUCAACUCCACCUCGUCCCCCUUGACGACAGAGAUCUAUCUGAACAUCUCUGUAGCCCCCUCGGCCCCCUCCUGCAUAGACUGGCCUGUUGUACCCAUGACUACGUUAAUCCCCGCCAUCUAUAGCAUCAUAUGUGUGCUGGGCAUCGUAGGCAACACCCUGACAGUUUGGGUGUUGGCCCAUUCCAGCACCUCAAGGAGAACUGUGGCUAACACCUUCAUGCUGAACCUGUGUGUGUCCGACCUGCUGUUCCUGCUGUCCCUCCCCCUGUGGGCCGUCUACUAUUCCCAUGGCUACAAAUGGACUUUUGGCCGUGCUGCCUGCAAAGUGUGUGGAGCUCUCCUCCACCUCAACCUCUACGCGUCCAUCUUCUUCAUCACGUUAAUGAGCGUGGACCGCUACCUUGCUAUUGUGCAUCCGCUGCGCUCCCAGAGUUCGCGGUACCCCAAACGUGCUCGGUUCACGUGCAUCGUGGUGUGGGUGCUUGCGUGUGCUUGCUCAGCCCCCACCUUGUAUCUGAGGGACACUAUCUACGUGCCUAAGUUGGGUGUGGAGGUCUGUGGGAUUCACUAUCCUGAUCGGGCCUGGGACCUGACCCUGGCCUGGAUGAAGAUUGCUUUGGCCUUUCUCCUGCCGCUGUUAGUCAUUUCUUGCUGUUACUGGGCGAUUGGCAGGCAUCUGUUGGCUAAUACGGGGCUGGGAAGAAUGCGGACAACAUCGCAGCCCUCCAAGAUGCCCUCUUUUAAAUCCCUGGAGUCCAAGGAUAACUGCAUUAAACCAGAGAGACCCCCGACCCCUUGUGUGAGCUCAAGCGGGGGCAGACCCCUGGAGGGCAGGGGGCUGGAGCGGGUGUUGUGGACAGUAGCUUCGGUGGUCCUGGCCUUCUUCAUCUGCUGGUUCCCCUUCCACUGCGUGACCUUCUUAGAAUUGUUGAAGAACGAGGGCUGGUUGAACGGCUGCUUGGUGAAUUGGACAACCCAAAACCUCACCCCCCUCACCCUCUGCAUGGGAUUCUCCAACUCGGCCAUAAACCCUGUGCUCUAUUGCUUUAUCGGAAACCAUUUCCGGGGCCGCCUCGGGGGGCUCUGCCAGGGUCUGUUUGCUUGUCUGAAGGCCCGCGGGGAGGACCACAGACAGAAGAGAGGCUCCUUCAGCACCAGGCUGAGCUCCUACUCCCGAAAACUCAGUGACCUGAAAGACCUGGCGAUUGUUGAGCCGUCUGGUCAUACCUAACUACCUGAAGGGGAGGAGGAGGCUUUCCACCUUCCUCCACUGGCUUCACACCCCAAACAGUGAUGCUAACUUCAAAUGACGGUUGAACUCCCAACAAGCAUGGAUGUGUGUCGCAGAGCUGUUACUACAACUGACUGAAUUACAUUUCAUUAGAGCCAGAGUGCACAAAAAGACAGAAACAAGUCACCAAGGAAAUUAUUAUAUUAUUAUUUAAUUAUAUAUAUAUAGGCCUAUAUAUAUAUAUAAAAAAAAAGAUUUUAAGUUUUAAAGCUGGUUAGCCAAACUGUUCAGCAAGCAGGCAGCUGUUAACAGCUAAAACAUUUGUUUUAAAUGAAGGCUACACAACUUACUCAACACACUGCAGACAGACAGUUAGCAGCUAGCUGGUGAACAUAAUAUAGCAUGUAGCGGCUAAUGAAACAGACAUACCUCCAGAGUAGGUAAAGACCAACAGAUUUGGUAUUAUAUUGUUGGCUAAAAAGAAGCUCUAAAUGAUUGAUUAUGUUACUCUUUAUCUGCUAGGUGUGUAGUAUGCAACUGUUUGCUAACAACAGCUGUCAACUUAAAAGGUGAUAUUAUCUCAGUUUUCACAAAGUUCUCUCAUGUGAAGAAAAAAAGAAUCUGUUAAGUUUAAAGGUGUAACUAACCUGAUAGUCACUAGUCACAUCAACUCUGCUAAGCUAAGGCUAGCUAGUUUACUUUCUUUGUUUCAGAUUAGUUGGAUUUAGCUUCUGCCUCAUUGAUAUGGAAUGAUACACUAGAUACGUUUUUUAUACAAGGAAACAGGAACAUGAAAGAGUUAAUGUAUCAUAGGCUUUAACUGUGGUUAUCUCAACAGCUAGCUUAAAUGUAAACUCUAUUUUGUAAUAGUGCUAACUAUGAUGUUUUAUCUGAAAUUAGACAAUGGCAUAACAAUAUUUUAUAUGGUAAAUCACUUUUAUAUGGUACAUUUUGACCAAAUGUGUGGGUACUGCGUUCUCUGCAUUGAAGGGCAGAAUCAUAAUGAGAUAUACAGAUGUAUUGGAUAAGUAUUAACCAAUCAAAAUAAAACUUAUUUGACUGUGCUUUCAUGAAACCAAGAUAUUAAAGGUGGGGUAGAUAAUUUUGGAGAAACCAGCUCGAGUGCGCAAUAAUUUGAAAAUACAGAGCUGGAAACACUUUUGCCACUUCCUUACAGAGCCCCUCCUUCACGAACGCGCACAUGACCAAUGAGGGCACGAGAUACAUUUGUGCACAGUUUUACGGCUUCCACAGAUGACAUUUUUGUAUGGAUUUUUUGUCAAAGCACUUAAGAUAUUCAUUGCUAUCGGGAUGUUAAGAGCAUUCCAUGGAAUAUAACAACAAGUGUAUAUCGAGACGGUUUCUCAAGCUUACCCCACCUUUAAGUGUAAUCAUGUUAUAUUAUGGUAUUAUUCUGUAAAGACAGUUUAUUCAAAUUACUUUAUUGCAUUUACUGAAAAUUAAAGUGACCAAUAUUGGCAGAAAAAAUCCUUUGUUUGAUUUGAAUUCUCCAAAAUUAUUUUACGGAUCCUUUACUAAAAUGGGAAAUGGUCGGGUAAAUUUAAGCCACUAAUUACACAUACACCGGUUUAGUGAAAUUGCUUCUUUCAACUAUAAUUUCUACUUUCUUUUAUCCCAAAUUCACCCUCCAACAGCUGCGACUCCGGAGCUCCCCCCCACCCGGGAAUGAGAGUGGUGCGAUUACUGUCGGCUGGCAGAUGGACAUUCAGUCUCCCCAUUUUUUCCCCCCUCCCCUCCCAGAAUGCCUCACUCAGAUUCCGUACAUAUCAAGGCCAGAUAUCAUAAUCUCAUACAAAUGUCCCUAUAUGCAUUCCAGUCCAGUCAGUGGAUUUGGUGCAGGGAGCCGCUGGCUGAUCAAUGAUGUAUCUCUGUCUGCUAUUUGUGUCCAGUAUAGAUCCACUACAUUCUGCAUUGACCCUGGACUGCCUGCUUGUGAACUGAGAGCCAGGGGAGUGUGGUUAAAUGUUGUCUUACUGAAGGACCAUGGGGUAUACACAUGAAGUGGAUAAUCCUAUAAACGUUUUUGUUGGAAGGGUUUUUGCUUUUUUUCUAUUCUAGAUUUACAAAAAAAGAUAACCUCGCAUUUUUUUACGGAUUAAUAUGGCACCCAAAAGGAAAGAAAAGGCAACCAUUCCUUACACUGGCCGAACAUGCAGUACAUCAUCCUUCAUAACCUCCCAACGUUUGCCACUGGAUGGCGCUAAAGUGCUGUAGAAGCACUGGAAAAAUGCCACUGGCUGCUUACCCAGACACUGAGCCCCAAAGUCCCAGCGCUCAUGAUCUUUCUGAGCCGAAGGGAAGAUGGCUCUGACACAGACUGAUGACUCAUGUAGGAUACAGUUCUGAAUGCAUGAAAACAACAAAUGCUGCAUUUAAAGAGAGCUGCCAGGCUCAAAGCAUGUACUGAGUGGUAGGUUGACCUUUCCGAAGGGUCACUGGAGAGUAGGUAUACAGGGAAUACAGACCAUCAAAAACAGGAAUGAUACACAUCUCAAUGAUGAGCUUAUAAAACCAGAUGCUGUGCUAUCACAUCGGUAAAAUAAAGCUGCACAAGUUUAAUAUUUUAAUCAACAACAGCGUCUUUAAUUUGACACAACAGAACUUUCCGAGUGACAGCACAGAUUGCAGGAGGAGUUUGUCGCAGUAUGUUCAGGCACACAGCUCUGAGCUGAUGGCUCGCCGCUCUGCAGAGCAGCUGUGAGUGUCCCUGACAAACAGAGCAGUGACAUGUGACUGAGAACAUGUGCUGUUAACUAUUGCCGUCUAAUGGGGAAAUUGGAGCUGAGAAGUAGCUUAAACACUAUCUUAUAGCAGGUGAUAAACGUUUCCCAUGCCUGCCAUACAACAUCUUAACCUUAACAUACCAUUUAAAUGUAACAUGUUGAAAUUUAACAUCUUUGUGAAUUACUUUUAGCUUUACCACAAGUUUAAGAAUGAUGCCACUGGUAGAAAGUAACUUAUUACUCAAACUUUACUUUAUAGUUUUGAGGUAGGCUAGUUUCUAUUUUCACUCCACUACAUCAAAGAGAAAUAAUGUACUUUAUAGGCCUAUUCGUGUAAAUCCAUAAGCCUACUGUGACUAGCUACAUUAAAGGGGACCUUUCAUGCAAAA